CCUCGUCUGCUCCAUUUCUAACAUGUAAGAAAAAAAAACACAUUAGGAAAAUUAGAAGAAAAGAGAAAAAUUGAAAACUAGAUUUGUGUAAAAAGAAAACCACAAAGAAAUGACAGUUGAUGGUGACAAGAAAAAGAAAUGCCUCAUCGCCGGUAGUGUCUCAGGUUUGCUAGUCAUCAUGGUUGUCUCUGUAGCUGUCGUAACAUCUAAACACACUCCCAAUGAAAACCAGAUUCGGACAACCACCAAAGCGGUUAGAGCAGUUUGUGCACCUACUGACUUCAAAGAAGCCUGCGUCAAAAGCCUAAUGGACGCCUCUCCCAAUUCAACCGAGCCUCUCGAACUCAUCAAGCUCAGCUUCAAUGCCACUAUCAAAUCCAUCAACGACAACCUCAAGAAAGCCUCUGAAGAUGUUAAACCCGAGGCUGACAAAGACCCAGGAGCGAAAGGCGCUUUCCAGCUCUGUGAGAGGCUAAUGAUUGACGCUAUUGAUGAUCUGAAAAAAUGUGUUGAUCGUGAGUUCUCAGUUACUCAGGUUGAACUCUAUGUUGAGGAUCUUAGGGUUUGGCUAAGUGGCUCUAUCGCAUUCCAGCAGACCUGUAUGGAUACCUUCGAUGAGACUAAGUCUAAUCUUAUGCGUGACAUGCUUAACAUCUUCAAAACAUCAAGAGAGCUUAGCAGCAAUAGCCUCGCCAUGACUACUGACCUUCCCAAAAUUCUCCCAAAUUCCAACAUCACAGGACUAACCGGAGCUCUUGCAAAGUACGCGAGAAAGCUUUUGUAUACAGAAGAUGCUAUUCCAACAUGGGUUGGACCACAUGCACGGAGGCUCAUGGCAGGAGAACCAAAAGGAGGAGGGCCACCACCAGUGAGGGCUAAUGUUGCGGUGGCUCAAGACGGAAGUGGCCAUUUCAAGACCAUCGCCGAUGCUCUUAAAGUUGUUCCUAGAAACAACAGAAUGCCAUUCAUCAUCCACAUCAAAGAAGGUAUAUACAAGGAGAGAGUCAAGGUCACAAAGAAAAUGGCCUACGUCACUUUCGUCGGUGAUGGACCAAACAAGACCAAAAUCACCGGCAGCCUCAAUUUUGGUAUUGGAAAAGUUAAGACGUUCCUCACAUCCACCCUGACAAUAGAAGGGGAGCACUUCACAGCAAAGAACAUCGGGAUCGAGAACACGGCAGGACCAGAAGGAGGACAGGCGGUGGCCUUGAGAGUCUCGGCGGAUUACGCCGUGUUCUACAGCUGUCAAAUCGACGGUUACCAAGACACCUUAUACGUCCACUCUCAACGGCAAUUCUACCGUGACUGCACAGUCUCCGGGACAGUGGAUUUCAUCUUCGGCGACGCGAAGUGCAUCCUCCAGAACUGCAAGAUCGUCGUCCGAAAACCUAAAGGAGGUCAGUCGUGUAUGGUCACUGCUCAGGGACGGAGCGACGUCCGUGAAUCGACGGGACUAGUGCUACAUCACUGUCAUAUAAUGGGAGAGCCGGCGUACAUUCCGGUUAAGUCUGAGAACAAGGCGUAUCUAGGAAGACCGUGGAAAGAGUUCUCGAGGACGAUCAUCAUGGAGACGAUGAUCGAUGACGUGAUCGAUCCCGCUGGGUGGCUUCCUUGGAAUGGUGACUUCGCGCUCAAGACGUUGUACUACGCUGAGCAUUUGAAUGCUGGGCCUGGAUCGAAUCAGACCCUUAGAGUUAACUGGCCCGGUGUUAAGAUAUUAAGCCCCGAAGAGGCUUUGUUGUAUACUGGGGGUAGGUUUUUAGUAGGUGAUUCGUGGAUCCCACAAACGCAAGUUCCGUACACCGCGAACAUGUAG